UCUCUCAUAUGUUCAUUGCAAUGGCAGAUUUCAAGCUUCUUUUGCUCGUUAUAAUCCUUCUAUCUCUCUUUGAGCUUGAUGUACUUCAAUUUCACCAUCACUUCUUCUCUUCUUAUCCGGUAAAGAUCGGUUUGCUCAUCAUCUCCAUCUUCUUCUACGUCUACUCAACCACCCGGUCUAAACCGAUUUACCUCGUAGAUUUCUCAUGUCACCAACCAACCGACUCUUGCAAAAUCUCAUCCGAAACGUUCUUCAACAUGGCCAAAGGCGCUCAACUCUACACCGAGGAAACGAUACACUUCAUGACGAGGAUACUAAACCGGUCCGGUUUAGGAGAUGAUACGUACGCCCCACGUUGCAUGUUAACCUCUCCACCAACUCCAUCAAUGUUCGAGGCGAGACAUGAAGCCGAAUUAGUCAUCUUCGGAGCUCUUAACUCACUAUUCAAGAAAACCGGAGUUGAACCGAGAGAAGUCGGAAUCUUUAUUGUAAACUGCAGCUUGUUUAACCCUAACCCAUCACUCUCGUCCAUGAUCGUAAACCGGUAUAAGCUCAAAACCAACGUCAAAACAUACAAUCUCUCCGGCAUGGGAUGCAGCGCCGGCGCAAUCGCAGUCGAUCUCGCCACAAAUCUGCUCAAAGCAAACCCUAAUACCUAUGCAGUCAUUGUUAGCACGGAGAACAUGACUUUAAGCAUGUAUAGAGGAAACGACCGGUCAAUGUUAGUCCCUAACUGUCUGUUUCGGGUAGGUGGCGCUGCGAUCAUGCUCUCCAACCGGAGCCAAGACCGAGUCCGGUCAAAGUACGAGUUGACUCAACUCGUAAGGACUCACAAAGGCGCUAGUGAUAAACAUUACACUUGUGCUGACCAAAAAGAAGACGAUAAAGGUAUCGUUGGAGUCUCACUCUCUAAAGAACUAACCGUUGUUGCUGGUGACACGUUAAAGACGAAUCUAACAGCACUUGGUCCGCUCGUCCUGCCUUUAUAUGAAAAACUACGGUUUGUUCUCUUUUUGGUAAAGAGUAAGCUUUUACGUAUAAAAGUUAGUCCAUACGUUCCGGAUUUCAAACUAUGUUUCGAGCAUUUCUGUAUUCACGCCGGAGGUAGAGCGUUACUUGACGCAGUUGAAAAAGGUCUCGGACUUGGUGAGUUUGACCUUGAGCCGUCUCGGAUGACUUUGCACCGAUUCGGAAACACUUCGAGCUCGUCGCUAUGGUACGAACUUGCAUACGUGGAGGCUAAGUGUCGCGUCAAGAGAGGAGAUCGGAUUUGGCAGUUGGCGUUUGGGUCUGGAUUUAAAUGCAACAGUAUUGUGUGGAGAGCGUUGAGGACGAUUCCGGCGAGCGAGUCAUUAGUGGGAAACCCGUGGGGUGACUCGGUUCAUAAGUAUCCGGUUCAUGUGACAUAAUAAUACGUGUGACGAGGGUACCAUAUAUUCAGCUUCCUAUAAGAUUGCAGCUCUCUUUUAUAUAUUUAAUGUUACCCUGAAAUAUAAGAUUGCAGACGAAUUAUCGUCAAAAAGUUGCUACGUGUUUUAAUAUAGAAAGGACGACUUAUAAAUAAAAUGGCAAAGUCAU